CAAAUGUCCAAAGGUUCCUUGCAACAUGGAAAGGAGGAAGAAGAACUUAUUAUUCGGAACUCUUACAGUUAUUGGAGCUGUCCUUAUUCAAAUAACUUUUGGUUACUUUUAUACAAUUGCCAACAUGGUCCCAUAUAUUUUGAGCUACAUAAAGGCUCGUGUUGAUCCUGAUGUUCAAAGUCAAGCAACUGUUUGGCUAUCAGCCCUAGCACUGGCUUCUCAAGGUCUUUCAAUGGCACUUGGUGGUCUCGUUUACCAGAAAGCUGGUUUUCGUGUGGUUGUAGGAAUAGGCUGUUUACUUCAUAGUGGAAGUGUUUUUUUAACUAAUAUUACAAUCCAGAGGACUUUCAUUGGUGUAAUUAUAACCUAUUCAGUGCUUAUGGGUUUGGGGCUUGGAUUUGCGUACUCGGUAGUGAUGGGAGUAGCUGCAAAAUGGUUUCCAAAAAGAAGAUUCCUUAUUGUUGGUUUAGUUGUCGGUGGAUUUGGACUGGGAGCCCUCGUUUUUACACCAAUCCAGACGGCACUUAUCAAUCCAAAUAAUGUGCCAGUUAAUCCUACCACAAAGCUUUUUGACGACCCUGAGCUUCUAGAUAGGAUUCCAAGAGCGUUUCUCAUCUUGGGAGGAAUUUUAUUGGCUGGACAAAUUAUCGGUUUUCUCCUUAUGAGCGAAAAAAAACAAAAGACUAAUCCUGGUUCUGUCAAAACAAAAACUGACCAAGUUAAUUUAGGACCUAAACAAUUAUUCCGUAAAAUUGACUUCUACUUAUUAUGGAUAAUCAUGUUCUUAUCUAUUAUCCCAAUUACAAUAAUCACAUCAGCUUACAAGCUUUUUGGACAAGAGUUUAUCAGUGAUGACCAGUACCUGUCCAUAGUUGCUAGUAUAACAGCACUGUUUAAUGCUGGUGGUAGAAUUAUGUGGGGUGCUAUAGUGGAUCGUAUUUCGUUCAAGUUACCGUUGUGCAUUGUGUUAAUAUUAUGGGCAUUAAUACUUUUAACAUUUCCGCAUAUCAGAGGUAUACCUAUGCCGGGUCUUAAAGCUGCAUACGCAAUUUGGGUUUGGGCAUUAUUUUUGGUAUUAAGUGGAAUGUUUGUAAUUAUGCCAGGUGGCACAGGAAACAUCUUCGGUCCUACUUAUUUCGCUAUCAACUAUGGAAUAGUGUUUACUGGAUUCACUGUUGGAAGCAUACUAUGUUCUGCCGUCUCAAUGUUUAUACACGCUUCUGAUCCUUACCUAGUACAGUUCAGUGGUUGUGGAGGUGUUUGUUUACUCGCAUUCCUAUUUGCAAUAUGGAUUGAAGACAAAAAGACCAUUCCGAAAAUCGACUGUGUUCCAUGUGUACGAACGUGUCCACGUGCAAGAGUUCGUCAAAAUAGUGAAAAUCUGGAGAAUAAUGCAUAAGCAAACAGUUUACACAUUGUUUUUUUCCUUGCUUUACUGUCGCUGACCAAAUGCCACCAAAAAUUAUUACUCAUUGUUGGUUUUGUUGUGAUAUAGUUUGUUU